AUGAGGAUAUUCGUACCCGUGGUGGUGAUCCUGAUCGCCGGGAGCUCGCUGGCCAGCCAGGACUUCCUCUCCAAGUCCUUGAACGAGUGCAUCGCCGCGGAUUCCUGGGCCAGCUGCUUGAAGCACGAAGUACUCGGAUACCUGGACGAGAAGCUCGGCACCAGCACCGAGGCCAGGUCUAUGGACACCGUGGACGAGGCCAUUGUCGCGAGGACCUUCAAGUAUCUCAAGAGUUUCGACUACGGAGUCGACUUGCCGUUCGUCGAUGCUAGCCUCAAGUACAGGCCCAGCAGAAGCUUGGCCGAUUUGGACGUCGAGUUCAAGGGGAACGAGGUCGCCACUAGUCAAGCCAGAGGGAUUCUCAAGAAGAAGCUGCUGCUGCCCAUUCUGCUGCUACUCAAGCUGAAGAUGAAGGCUCUCAUGCCGAUUCUGGUUGCUAUUGUUGGCCUGAAGGCGAUGAAGGCUUUGGUAUUGUCGAAACUCGCUAUUCUCCUCGUCGUCGGGUUCAUCGCUGUGCAGUUCUUCAAGAAAGGGGGAAUGAUGAUGCCGAUGGGAAUGUCAAUGGAACCGGCUUCAUCGACAUACGGAGCUCCACCUCUGCCCUCGACCACGUCGAGCAGCGACCCGGCGAACACGUGGGACGGAUACGGGCCGUACUCCCGCGUCUGGACGCCGACGAACGGUGUGGAGGCCCAGAACCUCGCGUACUCGUACUACUCGCCGAACAGCAACUCGGGCUCGUACAGCCCGUCCUCGUCUUCGUCGUCUUCCUCGUCGUCAGGCAACUCGGCCAGCCCCUCGAACUAUUAA